AUGACUGGGUCAGACAGUACAGCCAGUCAUCGAGCGAACACCGCCCAGGAUGCGGGAAUAGUACUAGGACGAGGAUCAGGGCCACGGAACACGUUUACAACGGCUCAUCUGACCUACUUGCACCACGCCGAGCGCUGCCUCGGAGAUAUCAUAUCACUUCGAGGCGAUGUCACCCUAUUGCUCACAAUUGCCAUCGACACUGCCUCUACAGCGCCCUACGUGCUUGACCAGGUGCUGGCUCUCGCAGCAGCCCAUCUUGCGACCACGGAUCCAUCAAGGCAUCAGCUCGCUCGAUCUCAAGCGAUCGAGCUGCAAACGCGAGCUCUCGAAGAAUUCAAUGAAGCCAUGGAAAAUAUGUCUGAAGACAGUUACAUUCCGAAGUUUCUGUUUGCAACACUCCUAGGUAUUCACGUUCUUGGGGAGACACUUCCCAAUCAACAGAACGGCUUGCCCCAGUUCUUAGAGGCAUUUGUCGGCUAUGCCCGACUGCAUCGAGGGGUGCGCGCCGUGGUAACGGCUAUGUCGUGGAAAGCUGUCCUCGCGUCGGAUUUACAGCCCCUUGUCUACGUCCACCGGCUCAGCAACCACGUCAAGGAGCAGACACCGGGCACGGACACCUUGGCGCUCAGUAAGUUCCUUGGGUCUUCUGGGGAAGAUGGUUGUGUAGUAAAUGCUUGCCAAGAGGCACUCAAGCAGUUGCAGUGGGUCUUUGACAUGUGUAAUCAGGAUCCUUCAAGAGCUGACGUGGGCGUGCAUGCGACCAUGGCAUGGCCCCUGCUGGUCCCUCAGGAGUACCUGAACCUGCUGCUCCAGAUGCAGCCAGAAGCUCUUAUGGUCAUGGUCUUCUACGCAGCAGUGCUCUAUCGUCACCGGCACUUUUGGGCGUUCGGAUCUGCAGGAUCGGUGCUUAUAGACAUGCUCUCGGCUAACCUCGACAGUCGUUGGCACGACAGCCCGGCUUGGCCAAAUCAUGUUCUUUUUGAAGCAGGUUUGUUCUAG